AUGAGUGAUUCUGAGACGAAACUGCGGUCUAGGAGCGGUAGCCAGAAGCCUGAUUACAAGAUCGAUACUGAGGGGCUGGAGAUCCGGGAUGAUGAUGACAACGAUGUGGACUACCAUGAGCAUGACGCUGAGCAUGACGGUGAGGAUGGCAGUGGGCGGAAGAAGCGUUCGCGGGAGGAUGACGACGAGGAUGAGGACGUCUCGCUAGAGGAUGACGAUGAGGACGAGGACGAGGACGAUGAAGAUGACGGAGGCAAGAGUGAGGCGCGUGAGGGUCCUCAUAAGCGUGCUAGGGCUAAGAGGGCUCGCUCCGCGACGCCAAUGGGCGGUGCUGGGUCCACACGUAAGAGCGAGAUCAGCUAUCCGAUCGAUGAGGAAGGCCACUUGCUGCCUGUUUACAAGUACGAGUACGAGACAUUGGAGGAUCCAGAAGGUGAGAAGAAAAUUACUGCAGAUGGUGAUCUACUGGAUGGGAGGGAGUUCACUAUCAGAUCAUUCGCCAUAGCGGAGAAUAACGCCCAGAAAUUCAUGUUAUCUACGGAGGUGGCCAGAACCAUGGGCUACAGAGAUUCGUACAUGUUUUUCCAAUACCAUCCCAGUGUGUACAAGUUUGUGCUGGGCCAAAACCAGAAGAAUCACUUGAUAGAUCAGAACAUUAUCCCAUACUCAUACAGGAGCAGGAAGAUCACCAUAGUAGCAGCAAAGAGUAUCUACAAGGAGUUCGGUGCCAAAGUUAUAAAAUCUGGAAAGAGUCCCCACGACGAUUACUAUGUCACAGUGUUCCCAGUUAGAGGUCAGAAACCAAAACCUACAGCAAGUGAUCUAAAACGUCAAGAGAAACAAAAAUCCGCUACCGCUACUCCAACAGAAUUACCAAAGAAACAGAGCCCACUCCUCAGCAACCCUACUUUCUUGGAAUAUAGAAACUCAGUUGCCAACACGUUUACUGGGAACUCAAAACUAAACUCUACAAACUGGCUUUACCAACAUGCAGCUGCAUGUAGUAGGUUCAACAGUGAUCUAUAUUAUGACAGGGUACGGGUUCUGCUGAUAGAACAGCAGGGGCUUAGAGAUCCAUACACCAACACUUUACAUAUCCCACAAAAUGUUCAAUCGACUAAAGUACUGGAUUGGUACAAAGAGGUUGAUGAAGAACAAGAACCCAACGAGGACGCAAUUACUUGUGAGACAAUAAUAAAGAGCAGCAACAUCGCCAGGCCGAAAACGAAUCUGUGCGAUGUAGCACCAGAGAUAUACGAAGGCGUGGUUGAUGAAGAGACAAAGAAGGCAAUCCUGGCACAACAGGAAUACGAGAGGCAACUUUACUGA